CAUUUUGCAAAAUAUUUUGGAUUUCUCCAUAAUCUGCAAAAUUUUAUUCCAUUUCUUCCUAAACCUAAUUGCAGUGGCGGGAAUUUCAAUUCAAAUUGAACAAAAAUCACUUAUAUGGAUUCUAGCCUCAUCAGAAAAUUCAUAAGUGAAGAAGUACCUGAUUGGGACGAUGAAGUGAUCGCCACAACCAGAUUCAAAGCAUUUAGUGGCCAAAGAUCCGAUUGGGAACCAAAAUUUCAAUUUUGGAGCAAUUUAAUCCUCAAAAUUUCUCGUCAUUUCGGCAUAUUCACUAUUCAACCUUCUCAGGUAAAGAAUGACUGGUUUAAUCGAGGUGGACUGACCCCUUUAUGCCUUGAUCAUGUACUGUUUUUAAUGUAUAGUGAAGGUGAAAUAAUUCGAAAUGUGGAUCUUGUCGAUGCUACGAGCGGGCGUCUCUCGCAGCUAAUUCGUAAAGUAAGAAAUUUGGUGAUCAGAUCAAUCACGAGCGCGGAACUAAUGCUAGAAGAUCGUGUUAUUCUUACCGCUUUAUUGCAGGAAAAAUCCGAUGAAGUGAUAAAACGUUUCUCGGAAAGUCAUUGGGCGACUUCAUGUGUUGUUACUAUGACAAAGUUUCGAGAUAUGUGUGGAGGAUCAAGUGAAGCAUCUACAUUGUUGAGUUACUUGUCUGGAAUUGGAAAAGCUAAAUAUCUUUCUCUUAGUAGAAAGGAAUUUAUAGAGGGUGUUAAAGUAUCACUCACUUCUGCACCAGUGCCUACGGUCUCAGGCUUAGAUUUUGAUGUUCUGCACUUGAUAUCGACCACAGAAAAGCUUCAGAAACAAAUUGAUGUGAUCGACCAGCGUUAUGAAUUAUCAAGAAAAUUAGCUUUAUCUUCCCUGAAGUCUGGAAACAAGAAAAUAGCCCUAAGACAUGCUAGGGAGAUUAAGUUGGCCUCAGAAAGUAGAGAAAAAUGCUCUUCAUUAUUGAACAGAGUGGAAGACGUUCUUAAUACUAUAGCCAAUGCUGAAUCUACGAAGAAGGUAACUGAGGCGAUCCAAAUAGGAGCUCAAGCAAUGAAGCAAAAUAGGAUAAAUGUGGAGGAUGUUGAUUUAUGUUUGGAAGAACUUAAAGAAAGUAUUGAUUCACAGAUGGAAGUAGAAAAAGCUCUAGAAUCAGUUCCAUCAUACAGUGGCAUUGAGGAUGAAGAUAUCGAAGACGAAUUCAAGAAAUUAGAGAUGGAAGUAGAAAGUGGAAACCUUGAAGCUUUUGUUUCAAGAACUGCAGUUAAUUCAGGAUCCGACUCAUUGAUUGAUGCUUUUUCAAAUCUCAAGCUUCAUACUGCUUCAGUCGGAGAGUCCACAAAUCGAGUUUCUGUUGAGGCAAAGAGGGUUGAUGACCCGAAGAAUGACAUGCUAGAAGCAGCAUAAGUGAAAAAUUUGCAAUAAACCCUGGUGCUAAGACUAGAAUGUUGUAUUGAUGUAAAGUUUCUAAUCUUUUGAUGAUGCUAUUGGGUUCUUAAUUUCUUAUGUACAUAUGUAUGUAUAUACAAUGAUAAUUAUCUGCUGGUACAUUGAAAAUUUUAGCAUACAUAUUCGUUAGCUA